GUACUGACAUUUGUUUUGAUCUGAUUAUUGAUAUAUAUAUAUAUAUAUAUAUAUAUAUAUAUAUUUGCAAUUGUGUUAUUAUCCUAAUUUGUGAAGCGCAUGCAGGCGCGUGGUAGGGGUCGGGGUAGGGGUAGGUGGUCGAAUUGUGGGAGAUAUUGGAUGGAGACCCCUCCUCCUCCCCCACCGGCGCAACCACCAGCUGCUCCGUUCUCAGGGAGCAUCCCCUAUCAAACUCCGGUUAACCCUUUCUUCCCACCCUUUGGUUCGAAUCCGCUUGGUUAUAACCCGAUACCGCCGAACUUCAUUGGGGCUCAGCCGCAGGCGCCUUGGCCAUUCGCUGGAGUAUCCUCUGCUCCUGCGCAAUCGGGGGGGCAGUAUAGCCAGGGAUAUGGACGUGGGAAUGAAGGUUACCAGAAUUGUGCCUUCUUCACGCGGGAGCACGCUGAUUUCAUUGAGAAAUUGAAAUUGAAGGAUGCUGUGGACGAAGCACGAAAAAAAGAUCUUGAGGAAAUAGCGAGGCUGAUGGAGCUUGGGAUGGAGUGGGGAAAGAAAAAAGAAGUGGAGAAAGAUAAAGAGUUUAAAGAAAAGAAGAGGAAGCAAGGGAAGGAUAAGGGAAAAGGGAAGAUCGUCGAUGAUGGGAAGGAGCAUGUGCUGAAGAAAUGGGUUGCGACUAACUUUGGGGGGUCUCUGAAAAUACUCGCAGAGAAACUCGAGGAAGUGGAUAAAAAAUCAAAGUUAAAGGAUGAUGAAUUGGAGGAGCUAAAGAUGCUGCGGGCAGAAAAAGAACUUAGGGAGUUGAGGGAAAGCUCCAGCUCGGAAAAAAGGAAGAGGGAGAUGGCUUCGCCGUCUCGCCCAGUGAAAGGUAAGGUAAGAUCCAGAUCAGCGCUCCUGAGAAAGCGAGGAAAAGAGAAGACUCAGAAGCCUGUAGAGGUGCUAUCGGAUGAGGAGGGGAGGGAGAUUGAAAAAGACGGGGUGGUGCAAAAUUUGAGCGGGAAAAUGGAAAGUUCCUUUGGUGGGGGAAAGGACUUGGUGAAAUUGAAGGAACUGCUUAGAGAACUGCUAGCGGGGGGAACACAUGCUGCCGGCAGCAGCAAUACAGCUGUUGGGCAAGACAGAAAGCAAGGGGAAGAUGGAUUUGGGCGCGGGGAACAGGAAGGUGAUGCUGGCGAACCCCAAAAGAUGACGAUGGUGACCGAGAAGAACGAAGAAGGGGAGAAAGAAGAGGGGUCACUGGGACUAUAUUUCAAGGACAGGGUAAUCUAUUAUGAUGCGUUGCACUACACGAAAAUCCAGACGCUGUGCAAAAAGAAGGGUAUCCCGUACAAACGGAAAGAAGGAGUAUGAGAGCUCGUCAGGUUGGAUUUCGAGGUACUGCAGAAACUGGAGGAGAAAGAGAAAAAGGCCGAUGAGGAUGAGGAGGAAGUAAAGAAGAGUGAUGAGG